UAAUAAUGGAUAAUGAUAAGUUAGAGUCGUUCUGCUCCUGAUGUUCAGAGGGUGAUGGAAGUGGGAAAGUGAGAAAGAUAUCAUAUAUGAGCCUGUCACAGGAUGAAGACUCUUCAAGGAUCAACUCGGAAGAAUUAAAUGAAUUUGAGAGUUUUCAUGAAAACUUCAACUCUGAUUGAAAAGAGGAACAUCUUAACCCAAAUAGUCAAACUCCUCGCUGGGGUCACCAAUUUAGAGACCAAAAGAAAACUAUUCUUCAAAGUGCAAUGGAUAAGGGCUUUUAUUUGAGAGACGGCGAUGAUGCAUGCACUUCAGGAGUUUCAAGUACAGAUCAUCAUGAACUUCUUGAGGAAGCUAAAGACACCCUCAAAUUUUAUGAUAGUAAUAAAGAGAAUAAACUUAUUUGGUAUGCUGCUUAUGAUACGGAAAUGAAAAAUGAAAUCUUCGAGUAUCUCCUUUCUGGGUGAACAGACAAAACUCCAAUUUCUGAUAAAGUUUCAAUAAAACUGGAAAACUUUGAUAUAGUUUACUCAGAAAUAUCGAAUCAUCCAGGGAUGGUCUAUCUUCAGCAGAGGACUUGUGGUUCAUGAUUUGUUAGACUAUAUCUUAUUACUAAAAAUCAAUUACUGGACAUAGCUAAACUGAAAACAAUAGCUUAUAGUCAAGAAAAUCAUGAUUUUAGGCUACUAGAGUCUCUUCUUGUCUCAAAUAAAGACUCUGCUAUUAUAAAUCCAGAUCUUCCUUAUGGAUAUUUCUUAAGAGUCGGAGACUACAAAGGAACAUCAAUUUAUACUUUGACAAGUCUUUCUCUUCAAUCUUCAUCAGAUAUUAAGAAUUCUUGAGAUCCUUCAAACUUUUAUAUCAGUGAGUUCUUCAAAGGAAUUGCUGAAAGUUUUCCCAACUUCUCACCUGAUUUCCUGCUUUAUUACAUAAACUCUAAGAAGGGACUCAGAAACAGGCUAUCUUCCCAGCUAAUGAUGGAACUGAGAGGAUACUGUAUUCUAAACGAAAGCCACUUUGUUCAACCUAAUGAGCCAAAACAAGAAGAAAGCAUUCAUAAAUUACUCUGUGAUGAAGACCUUGACCAAAGUGAAUAUCCCAGAUCCAAGAGUCAGUCUGCUCAAAAAUGUAUCAGAAAGAGUACCUCUCCUUUAAAUGAUUGAGAAAGAAGAAUCAAGCGGCAAAAUAGUGAGAAAAGCUCAGAAUUUCAGCAUUCCUUACUUAAGAACAAAAGCAGCGAAAAUGUACUCACCACAAGUCUUGAAAACAUUCCUGAGCUGAGUUUUGAAGCUAAAGAUGUGGAUGUUGACAUUUUCUUAAAAUCUGAAGAAAAUAAGCCGCCUAUGAAGCCACAAUCUGAUCAGAACAAAGUAUUUAUAGUAAACCGAAAUGAGAAAACUCCUGUACCUGAGCAAGACCCAGACUUAUUUUGUGAUGAAGAGUUGGAUGCUGACCUAGUAACUCAUGACUAUAGCCAAAAGCCUAACUUUGCAGGAAUGAUAAGCCCAGAUUUAAUUGAUAUCCCAUCUGAUAUUUCCCAAUUCGAGAAAAUCAAUAAAUCUGAUGAGUUUUCCCAUACCAAAACUGUUGAAGGUCUCGAAGAAUUUAUGAAAUGGGGAGUGAAUUUAGAGUGAGAAUCUCUUAAAAAUUAUCUUCACCACGAAGAAUAUCCUUGAGAUGACUCCAAGUCUUCAAUAUUUACGAAAGGAGAUCAAAAAAAUCAGAACCAAGAGGAAUUCAAACUGACACAUGAAGAGACUAAACUUGAAGAACCACGAAUCCAAGAAUGAUCUCCUGCUGAUCUUCCCUCUAUUAAUAUUCCAAAGAGAUUCGUAUCCAGUUGCCAAGGAGAGAUUAAAGAGAAAAUGCUGGAUAGAAUCAAUCGGACAUGAUAUGGCUCACUUCUAAGAAUUGACAGCAAAUUUUUGCAAAGAUCUCAAUCAUGAAAAGCAUCACUUUUAAAAUUUAAAACUGCAAGAGGACAGCUUAAAACUUUGAAAAUGUUUAAAAAAUUACAAACUUUACCGCACAAAAAUCAUACUAAAAGAUUCUUUUCAGAAGAGAAAAAUAAGCAUAAUGCUCCUAAGAAGGAUGAUAAUUUUAAUAAAGACAUCACCAAAGAGCCUAAAAAUGAUUGUUCACUGCCACAUCUCAAUAAACAAGAAGGGUCAAUAGAAUCGCAAUGAGCCAACUGUUUCCAAGAAAUUCAGCUAUAUACCUUUGCUAAAAAUACACCCAACCUUAAGAGGCUAACCUCUUCAUCACCAUCUCUUAAAAAUCCUAUUGGAACUCUCACAAUAGACCAAAAAGAAAACUGUGAGCAUCCUGCAAACAGAACUACGACUAAUAUUCGUCAAGAAUUAUGAAAUACAGUAAAGAAGACUUCUCCUAAAUCAAAGCGAGCUUGCAUGAAGAAUUCUGGUCUUAAAGAACAUGUGAAGCCUCAAGCUACCAAACUAUACUACCUUGACAUUACAGCUGAAUCGUCAAGGUUCAAAAGGGACGGAGGCAAAAGCUCAGUCUCAAGCAUCCAGAACAUCAAACAUUCUUCAGGAUUUCAUUUAAACAAGAACAAGACUCAUAAUAUGAGUUAUGAUAAAAAUAAUCCGAUAAGCAAGGUGAAGAAGAGCCAGAAGGAAACAAAGAUUCAUCCUUCAAGAAGGAUAUGGAAUAAACGAUCUCCUCUAGCGAAUAAAAGCUUCAUGAAUUAUAAAAAUAUUAAAGGAAAAUACCAUUUUGGCUAUACACCUAAAUACCGGAAGAGUGCAAAUAGAUCAAAAAUUAAGAAAAAGUGUUCAGAAAUUCACAAUGACGGUGAAAAAGAAAAUAUGGUUAAAAACAAUCAGUCAUACAGUCCUGUUCUAGGAAGGAAGAAGCCAGAGUCUAUUUCAAGUAAUCCCUACAGUGAUUCACCAUGAAGAGUUAUGAAGCCAAAAAGGCUGCGUAAAAGAAUCAACUACAGUGAGCAAAUUAAAUGCAAGCACCUUCAAAGGAGUCACGAUGAGACUAUUGACUCUAUAGAGACUUUAGACGACUCAGACCUUAAUAAACUUCUCAAGUUAAAUCUAGACUUAAUCCAAGCUUUCUCUGAAGGAAUAGAAACUUCUCGAAGCAUCAUAAGUUCUCUGACCAGUAAUAAUGAAGUUAAUAAGAAAGAAUUAUUAUUCCAGCUCAGGAAGAUAGAAAAUCUGCGUAUAGAGUUUCAGAGCCCAAGAUAUGCUAGAGAGAUUAACCAAAUCCUGCAGAAAAUUCAUAUAAAAGAGUAACUGAAGUUUCUCAAUGGAUCUGAGCUAUCCAUUUUAUUGCGGUUCAAUUUAAU